GGAGCUUUUACCGAGAAACUGCCAGCCCUGAAAGGUGUUCUGACCCCGUAAGGCCCAGGCUUGGGGCCCUCAGAGGGUGCGUACCGGAGAGGCCCAGCUGCUUGGCAGGGCUGCUUUUCCUGAACACGGUAAAGCACGUGAAGGUAGUUGGAGUCCCCUAGGAAUGGAUAAAUUCGUCAUUCGAACACCCAGAAUCCAGAAUAGUCCUCAGAAGAAAGAUCCUGGAGGAAAGAUUUACAAGCAGGCCACCAUUGAAUCUCUGAAGAGAGUUGUGGUUAUAGAAGACAUAAAAAGAUGGAAAACUAUGUUGGAGCUUCCUGAUCAAAGCAAAGAAAAUCUAGUUGAAGCCUUACGAGAAUUAAAGAAGAAAAUACCUUCCCAAGAAGUGUUAAAGUCAACAAAGAUAGGUCAUGCUGUGAACAAGAUGCGUCAACACUCAGAUUCAGAAGUGGCUUGUCUUGCCAGAGAAGUUUACACUGAGUGGAGAACUUUCUUGGAAAAACACGUCAAUAGACCUUCCAUAGAAGUCCGAAGUGAUGCCAAAACUGAGACAUUUAGGGAAAAUGCCCAGAAAUUACUCUCAGAAGCCUUGGAAUUAGAGAUGGAUCACCUACUGGUUGAAAAUAUUGAACGGGAAACGUUUCAUCUCUGCUCCCGCCUCAUUAAUGGGCCAUACCGGCGGACGGUGAGAGCCCUGGUCUUCACAUUAAAGCAUCGAGCUGAAAUCCGGGAGCAGGUGAAGAACGGCAUGCUGCCAGUCGGCACGUUUGUACAGACCCACAAAAAGUGACCUGAGAGUGGUUCCAGCACUGGGCUGGGCAGAAAGGAAAAUGGGCUUCUCUCUGCCAUUCAAAGAUUCUUUUGAGUUUGGGCGACGGUUGAUGCUGGCUGUGCUAAAUUUUCCCAUGGUGCCAUUCCUUCAGACAGAGGAUGCAGAGCCCUGGAGACAGGCCUGCAGGAAAUGCUUCAUUAGCUGGAGUGCGCUGGGGCUGCCUAACAGGACGAGUGCUCGCUGUCACUAGGAAGCGCAGUACGGUUGCCAUCACCCAACACAGUGAAAGGGUGACGGAUUUCACUGUGAGUAUGCCAAGGACACCUCUAAACCUCCCCCACGUCAGGCAGAUGAAGUUACUGCUUUAUUUCACCACCCUGCAGGUAACUGAAACUCAAUUACCGCUGCUGCUCACUCGGUUCCAUCCCCCCGAGUUUAGAUAGCUCCAGUGCCUCUCAGAACUCCCCUGUCUGUUCUCUUUGCGCUACCCCAGGGGUGAGCCUGCCGAGCCCGCCAGCUACCCCUUCUUUCCAGAACUGACUUAUCUGAAUGUUUCAGCUCUCCCUGGAAGACCUUCCGCACAUUGGUCUCCAGAGCCCCCAUGCUGGGGUUUCUAAUGAGGAGCUGGCCUGAAGCAUGCCCACUCCUUGGAGUUUAUUUGAAUAUGCUGGCUGCCUCCAUUUAGGGCUCUGUAGAAGAUACAUAAUGAAAUUGCUCUUGAGAUGAAUUACUGUAAGAGAAAAAUUAUAUACAUAUGUU